CCCCCGCCGCUCGCGCAUGCCCGCCCUCCCCCGCAAGCAAGCAUCAGGUCUCGGUGCUCGAUCCAGCGAUCGUUGCAAUUCCCAUUGUCAGCUUUCUUCGACGAGUGCUCGGGUUAAUUGAUGGGUACUCUGCUGGACCUGAUUUCACCGUCUUUGGUGCCGUAACGGAGCUGGGUUCGUUGCGUUGGCGCCCAUUUGACGUGUCUUGGUUGUAGGGUUGCAGCGGCCGUGUUUUGCAUGCUGGAAUUGUUAGAAGGUUUGAGGGCUGGAUUUGUUCCCUUUGGUAGCACGCGCGGUAGGAAGUGAGCGAGAGAGAGAGAGAGAGAGAGAGAGGAGAGUGGAGGAGACAGGAAAGAGGUGGGAAGAGUUGAGAUGGAGCCCAGUCUUGGAACUGGCGAUGAGGAAGCAGGGAAAGAGUGAAGGGUCGUCGCUGGUGGCGGUGGUGGUGGUGGUGAAGUCCGUGGCGUUUUUGCUUCUUCCGGUUGCUCGUUCUGGGACAUUACAUUGUUGCGCGGAUUAUGCAGUGUCGGACGUUCGUGUUACAUGUGUGAGGAUGAGUGUGUGAGGAUGAGGGUGUGAGGAUGAGGGUGUGAGGAUCUCGAGUAGAGGUCUGGAAAUCGAGUGAAUGUGGUAUUUAAGGGUGAAUUUUGAAGCAGCAGCUUCAGGUUUUGGAUGUGUUAUGUUGCGGGGACCAAAUGCGGGCAAUGUCGAUCGGAUGUCUGGUGGAUACGUAAUUGGGUGACCUCGAUUGGCUGGGGGAGUGAAAGGAGCUCGAGAGUGGGGAUUUGGGAAUUGGGUACCUGGUGUGUGUGCAUAUUGGUCUUAGUGUGUGCGCGAGAUGAUAUCGUCGCGGUAUGUGUGCAAGAAACCGUUUGAUCCGACGGACGGAAUGGCGUCUUCUCUCGGUAAAAGAAAAACGCCGACUGAGCUCCGGUUGGAGCAGUUGAAGCGGCAUCAAUUAUCAAAAGUUGGUGAACAAGACGAAAAACUUCCAGAUUCCCAGGGGUUUUCGAUCCAACCAAGAGACGCGGUAUUGCCCUGUCGUCUACCUGGUGACGAUGAAGCUGCGGAUUUUCAUGCCCCAGAUGAUUCUCGGGAGAAAUUUCGGUUUCGUUUGGUGCGAAGUUUUAAGGAAAAGGAUACUUGCUCAGUUCCUCAACAAGAGGCCAGUCAACAAGGAGCUGCCAUCCCUGGAAAGAGCUGCGCAGAUUCUAUUUCGUUGUUUUCCAGGUAUAAAAACGACAUCCCUUCAAAUAGCUCCACGAAGACUGGUGCACAACUCGAUGGCGGAAAGAAGGAAGUUCUUCCUCUCAAGGUCGAGGAGAAGGUUAAAGGAUUGUACGACUGUGCUUUUCGGGACGUCAGAGAUAUCUCCAAUUCGCAAUCUCUGCUAAAGGCUGAAUCAAGCAUUGACAUGGUGGAAGCUUUGAAGAAGUUAGCACCUCGAAAGGUCUUGGGAUCAUUCGAUUUCAACGCGGGUCUUAUACCUACAGAGCAUAGCAACGAUCUCAACGAUCGAUUGGGAGCAGAUAAUGGAUCCGUUACCAGAGCUAACACUCUUCCAAGGAGCGGAUUACCCAUCUCCACUGGUCCAGUGGAGGAUUCGAAGACAUGGUUGCCUUUUAAGGGAUGCUAUGCUCCUCUAGAUCUUAGUCUUAAACAGAUGGCUCGUUUCACUUCUCCGGAUUCUCUUCACUGGUGUCACAGAUUGAGUUCAAAUAUCCAAUGUAAAGGAGUGCAACAAUUUACACAAGGACUUGGUGUUCUGAGUAGGAAAGAAGACAGCGUUCGGCCAAUGUCAUGUUCGGAGAGAAGUGCAGAUGAUGAGAAGCUAGGGGCAACACUCUGGAGUUCACUUCAUUCAUGGGUUUAUCCACAGUCUACUCUACCUCCAGCUGUGCUGUCUGUAAUAUCCUCAGCUGCAGCUCGUGGAGGGGAAGCAGAAAGGUCUUUUCUUUCCAAAAGAGACCGUGCUUGGGAGGCUGCGUUUCGGUCGCUUUACUACAAUUUUCGCUCUCAAUUUUGCUCUGUCUUUUACGUUUGUAUGCAGCAAUUCGUCGCAAUGUUUGUCGGUGGUGGAGUUGGAGGAAGAAGCCAGGGUGCUUGUACUGCAUACUUGACCCGCUCAACACGAGGAGUGCGACAAGUUCUUCUUGAACAUGAUGUUAAGUUCUCAAUGCCCUUCAGUACCUCUGGCGACCCCACAACUACUGUCGAAGAUCUUCAAGAUUUGCUAGAAUUUGAGAAGUCCAAUCCUGGCCAGACAAGAAUGGCAAACGAAAAGGCAGCUUCAGACAAUGGGCCACAAUCAAUGUUGUGCUUUGAAGGUUACUCUAAUGUGCAUCGACUUUAUGAUUUUCUCAUUAAUCACAGAUUUCUCCUCAAUUCUACGGCUGCCAUGGACGUUCCUGUCCUGUAUGCGCCAACGGCUUUCGAGAAUGCGUGUCUCACUGCUCCUGAGAUCACUUGCAAACAACUGCAACGAACAGAUGGCUUUAUCAAGCCUCCAGUAAAUAAUAGUAAGAAAAAUAUUAGUCCGAAGUGUACAGAAACAGCUAGCAAUACAAUGUACACAAUGGAGAUAAAGGGAUCCUUUCUUCCACCGUGGGUUAUCAUACGGCUGUGUGCAGUGCUUCAGGAAUCUCAACCUCUUGGUUACUCUGUGCGGUUUGCAACUGAGCCUCUCACCGAGGGCCUCAACAUUGCCCAAGAGGAGCGAACCGACAGUUCAAAACCUGCAAAUUUCAAGAAUUUUUUCUCCAACUUGAAUGGUGCUACAAAUGGUGACACAAUCUCCGAAACAAAGAUGGAAUCUUCUACUGUCUCUUCAUCAGAACUCAAUCACUCUUCCGGUAUAGGGACUGCUGUUGUCAAGGAACUCAAGUACGAGGGUGAUUCAUAUAGAGCAGCUUUGGCGCCUCUUCAACUAGCAACCUCAUCUUGAGAACUAGAUGCGUGCCAUGACAGUUGAUUUGUAACAAUAGUUUUCCUGUUUCUUAGAAUUUGCAGUUUUGAUAUAUGCAGUGUAAUAGAUCAUGCACCUCUCUGAUUUUGCUGCCUACCGAAGUGGAAGGCCUAGAUAGGGCCAAGUUGAUUUGGCACUGUAUAAUCACAUUUCAUUUAUUGUAAACAAGUUGUUAUCUCA